CGCUGGGAACACCGCUGAGCUGGUCAGUUGGUCUGCAAACAUCAGUCUUGGAUUUGCGCUUGAAUUGCGCGCUCGGUGUCGUCAUGCACGUCAAGUUUACGAUCAACGGGAAGCUCUACCAGGUUUCGCCGGAUCAGCUACCGAUCGAUGCAACGCUGAACACCUUCAUACGCACCAAGGCACAUCUGACCGGUACCAAGUUUAUGUGUCGCGAAGGUGGCUGUGGAGUGUGCAUCGUGAACGUCGUCGACACGCACCCAGUUACCAAGCAACGCAUCACCUUCUCCGUGAACUCGUGUCUGUUUUCGGUGUUCUCCUGCCAUGGCAUGGACAUCCUUACGGUCGAGGGUAUCGGGUCGAAAGCGACCGGAUAUCAUUCGGUGCAGGAACGGUUGGCCCAGUUUAACGGGACACAGUGCGGAUACUGCUCGCCCGGCAUGGUGAUGAGCAUGUACAGUCUGCUGGAAGCUAACAGCGGGAACGUUACGAUGGAGGACGUUGAGAAGGGUUUGGCGGGGAAUAUUUGUCGCUGCACCGGCUACCGACCCAUACUGGAUGCGUUCAAAUCGUUCGCCAUCGAUGCUCCGCCGGAAGAUCAGCUGGCCAGGCGUGCGCUCGGUAUCGUCUGCCAACCGGACAUUGAAGAUCUGCCCCGUGCGAGCUGUGUCGGGUGCGAGCGGGACUGUUCGGCCAAGAGUUGUUUCGAUGACACGCUGGAGCUACAGUUUGUCCCAUCCGACCGGCGGUGGUUUCGUGUGCGUACUGUGGAUGAAAUUUUUGACAUCCUGCGUGAGGAGAAUGCGGGCGUUGGUGAGUACAUACUGGUGGCCGGUAAUACGGGGCACGGUGUUUACAGGCGCCGGAAGGAGCUGCGCCUGUUUAUCGACGUGCGCAAUGUGGAGGAGCUGCGCAACUAUUGGAUCGGUAGCUCCGUCAUCGUCGGUGCUAAUGUGACGCUGAGCGAGCUGAUCGAUAUACUUCGCGAAGCGGCACGCACCGAUCGGCGGUUUGCGUACUGUGUGGAGCUGGCACGGCACGUCGAAGAGCUGGCACAUCCGGCGGUCCGGCAUGUCGGGACCGUAGCCGGCAAUCUAACGCUGAAGCAUCGCCAUCCCGACUUCCCGUCCGAUCUGUACGUACUGUUCGAGGCGAUCGGUGUUGAGAUGACGAUUGCCUCACCGAGUGGUGCGAUGGAAAAGCUGCUGCCCGCCCAGUUUCUCAGCUUCAACAUGCACAGACGCGUGCUGCUGAACGUUACGCUUCCACCGCUCGAUUCGGACCGUUGCGUGUUUCGUACGUACAAGGUGGCGGCAAGGGCGCAGAACGCUGCCGCCCAUGUCAACGGCGCCUUUCUGUUGCGGCUGUGCGCACGCAAAAUCAACGUGGAGCAGGCCCACCUGUGCUUUGGUGGUAUCGGACCGAAGUUCUCUCGUGCUCACCGGACAGAGCAAUUCCUGGAAGGAAAGAACCCAUUCAACAACGUGAUGCUGCAGGAAACGCUUGCCGUACUUAAUGCCGAACUAGCCGGUGGUCAACCGGAACCAACGGCCGAUGCAUCCUACCGCCGUCAGGUAGCGGUUGGGCUGCUGUACCGCUUUGUGCUACACAUAGCUCCCCGUGAUCGUCGUGUAGCCAAUCCGAUAGUACGCUCCGGAGGAUCAGCCAUACCGCGCCCACUCUCAACCGGUGCACAGUCGUUCGAUACGUAUCCCGCCAACUGGCCACUGACGCAAGCACUACCCAAGCUGGAAGCCUUCCAACAGACGUCCGGUGAAGCAAUCUACGUGAAUGAUCUUCCAGCCCGACCGGAUGAGUUGCAUGCCGCAUUCGUUUUGGCAACCGUAGCACACCGUCCUAUUCAAUCGAUUGACCCUUCUGCAGCGCUUGCCCUUCCCGGUGUGGUAGCGUUCUACUCCGCCGAAGAUAUACCCGGCCAGAAUGAUUUUGCAUCGCUGAAGGGUGGCAUCAACACCGUCUUCCCGUUCCGGAACGUACCUGAGGAGAUCCUGUGCAGUGGGAAAGUUCUGUACCAUGGGCAACCGAUUGGUGUUGUGGUGGCGGAUACCUACGAGCUGGCAACGGAGGCAGCCACGCUGGUGAACGUAUCCUAUGGAGAGUCCGAUGGGGAACCGAUUCUUCCCACAAUUGAGGAUGUGUUUGCUCACGGCAAAGCAACGAACCACCGGUUCCUCACCCUUGAACCAGAUGUAGUUGGACGAUCGUACAAUCGACCCGGAAGUACGACGGGUACGGUGAAGUUAACCGGCCGAUGUCACUUUCGCAGUCAGGCUCACUUCACACUCGAACCCCAGACGUGUCUGUGCAUCCCGUCGGAGGACGGCACCGGUAUGGAGGUGUACAGUGCCACCCAGUCCAGCAGUAUGGUGCAGAUAGCUAUCGCAAAGGCGCUCCAGCUACGCCAGAGCAGCGUCCACGUCGUGGUACGUCCCGUCGGUGGGUCGUACGGAGCGAAACUGUCCCGUGGUGCAUGGGUGGCGAGUGCCUGUGCACUGGCGGCGUAUCUGAGCCGCCGCCCGGUGCGUAUGGUGCUGCCGUUCGAGACAACGAUGCAAGCGAUCGGCAAACGUAUCGGGGGCCACUGUGAGUACGAGGUUGAUGUUCGCCCGGCCGACGGUCGUAUCGUACGGCUGUCCAACACGUACCACGAAGAUCUCGGUGCGUCCCAGUACGAAGCGAUGACGAUGCUGUUCCGGGAAGCGUUCCGCAACUGCUACAGCGACGACAGCUGGAGGCUUCGGUUGCGUGGCGUGCUUUCCGACUCACCCAGCACCACCUGGCUUCGAUCGCCCGGAACGGCGGAAUCGAUCGCAACGAUCGAAACGAUCAUGGAACAUGUGGCGCAUGUGACCGGGCUCUCGCCCCAAGCGGUACGGCUCGCCAACAUGGAACCGGGCAGCAGUAUGGCCACCCUGAUGCCAGCCUUCUACGAGCAGGUUGAUUUCAAGGUCCGGAAGGCAGCGGUCGAUCGGUACAACGAAACGAACCGUUGGAAAAAGCGAGGACUCGCGAUCAUUCCCAUGGGACAUCCCAUCCGUUACUUCGGUGGCAUGAAUGCGUGGGUCUCGAUCUAUCAUGUGGACGGUAGUGUGGCCGUAACGAUCGGAGCGCCCGAGAUUGGGCAGGGUGUCAACACGAAGGUGGCGCAGGUUGUGGCCCACACACUCGGCAUCCCGUUGGCACUGGUUAGGGUGAAACCGCACACGUCCAACGGUUCGCCGAACGCGUUCAUCGAGGGUGGCUCCAUCAGUACGGACCUGGUCGCGUACUCGGCCCGCCGGGCCUGUGAAACACUGCUCGAGCGAAUCCGGCCCGUACGAGAGGACAAUCGCACAGCACCGUGGGAAGCGAUCGUGCAGACGUGUUAUCAGCGCCGUAUCGAUCUGUCCGCCUCGUACAACGCCAAACGGUCGGAUCUGCGGGGCUACACCGUGUGGGCGUUGUGUGCCGUCGAGCUGGAGCUCGAUGUACUUACCGGGCAGGUGCAACUGAUCCGUGUGGACAUACUGGAAGAUACGGGAGAAAGCAUGAACCCACUGCUAGACAUUGGCCAGAUCGAGGGUGCUUUCGUGAUGGCACUGGGAUACCACCUGCUGGAGGAGCUUCGGUACGACCGUACUACCGGUGCGCUUGCCAACUUCCGCACGUGGAACUAUAAGCCACCGAGUGCGCGCGAUAUACCGCAGGACAUGCGCGUACGGUUGCUGCAGAAAAGUUCCAACCCGGCGGGUGUCCUGCGGUCCAAGGCAACGGGCGAACCGGCGUACAAUUUGGGAAUUACGGUGCAAAUUGCACUACGCUACGCGAUUGCUGCGGCGCGCCGUGAUGCCGGGCUGCCCAGCGAAUGGCUUGAGCUUGCAACUUCGUUGACGCCCGACAAGUUACUCGCACUAACCGGUACCACAAUUGAUCAGUUUGUGCUGCAUUGAAGUGGCGAUGAAGAGGUAAGCUAGCUGUAGCCGCUUCCGAAUAUUACAACAAUCUAUUGAAUAAUCUCAGAGGAGAUCGAAUUAAGAUAGUUCGUUGCAGUAAAGCAUUCACUAGUUCCCGUCCAUCCAGUAAUAGACAGUGUAAUAUAACUCAACUCUUCUUUAUCAUCAUGUCAAAUGUCUUCUUGAGGACAGUAACGAAACUUAAUAUCCAAGUACAAUGUCGACCAU